GCCCAUGUGUCGUGUAUGAGGUGAGCCAUCUUCCUUCUUUAACGUAACGGUGGGGUUUUUUGGAGGGGGGGCAGCAGCCCCCUCGGAGGAGGCCUAGGCACCGCUCUCUAGCUAUAGCCCGGUUUCCUGGCGAGAAAUCCAUUAUCUGACAGUGCUUCCCUUUCUAGUUCUACGCGCGUUACAGUAACAACUCGAACUCCGACGUCGACGGUGGAAAGUUAAACUUGACGUUUGGUCCUUUCUAACGGUAACGUGUAACGUGUAACGUUAACCAGCCGACGUUAGCACGCUAACGUCAUGUCAGCCCGAAGAGGUUAACGUAACGUUGACUUGGGUUAGGCUAAUGUGACGUUAAGGACCUUCACGUUAAUCAUGACAUCCCGACGCGAAAUGGAAUAAUAGAAUAAAACAAUAUUUUAAGUUAACGUUAGUUAAAAUGAGCCAAGUGACGGUAGCGUCCGUUAGCCGCUGUUUCUGAAAGACAGAGAGAGAGAAUGUACUUGUCCGAGAAUCGGUCCAGUGUCUGUGUUCUGACGUGGGGGCGUGGAUUCAACGCCUUCAACAACGUGAGCUAAACCUUGACGUCACAUCAACUGCGAUUCCUUAUUUAAGUGCACCCCUCUCCAGCCACACAGUAGACCGGACGCCGGGACACCCCCUAGCUGGCUGUGUAUUUCACACCAGAGGGCCGGUUGGAUAGCGGUACUGGUGACCGUUUCCCUCUAACCUACUUGUGCUAGCAUCCACUGGCUGCGUGCGCCAUAUGGUCGAGCCGUAAGCAUCGAUUAGAGCGCCUCUGAUCGCGAGUGGAUUAACGUUAACUCACGUCUGUUGCCAUGGGCAACUGUCGAAACAUAGUGCGAAACCAACGGAAAUGAGUUGUUCUGUAACAUGGCAUGUGCGUGUAACAUGGCAUGAUCUAUUGCUACCACGAGCGGGGCACAAUCCUCACUUGUUGUAUUGAGUUACGAAGUGAAUCAUUGGAUUGAAGAGAAAAUGCCCGGAAAAAGAGGUAUGCAGGAUAUAGCUGCAUAUGAGCCUCAUGGAUCACAAUUUAGAGACGGCUGCUGUCAGAGCCAGACCUACAAAAGCAGCAGUGAAGGAACAGCCCAUCAAUGGCCGACCCCACCCCUCGGCUGGGUGUGCUGUGAGAGAAAAGUGAGUGGAACCAGAAAAUCUGUUGCCAGUUUGCCAUGGAGGACACUCAGCCCAAGGCUGUUACCCAGGAGCACACUCUUGUGCCCAGUCCGGCUCCCAGUCCGGCUCCAAGUCCGGCUCCCAGUCCGGCUCCUAGUCCACUGGUGGACAGAAUUGCUGUGCCUGCAUCAAACAAUGUGGAGCACCUGAAUGUGAACCAGAUCCAGGUGGUGGUACGGCGCUGCUCCAGUCCAAAUGUCAUGGAGGAGACCACUUAUUUCAUUCCUCGAAACCCGGUGGUGGACGCUGGCACUAACACAGACCCGCCAGUGGUCUGUUGCCCCUUGCUGCGCAGAUUUUGCCCGUGUCCACCGAGAGGCCUUCUGGCCUCGCUUAUUACUAAAGUCUUUCUGGCAGCUGUGCUCUUCGGAGUGGUGUGGUCCAUCACUGAGGAUGAGUGUCUUCCAGGCGGUAACCUGUUUGGCAUCACGAUCCUCUUCAUCUGUGCCCUCAUCGGUGGCAAAGUGGUGGCUCUCAUCCGUUUGCCCAAACUUCCACCGUUCCCACCUCUUCUGGGUAUGCUCCUGAUGGGUUUCAUGCUGAGAAAUAUCCCCGUUAUAAAGGAGGGGGUGUACAUCGACUUCAAAUGGUCCGCCUCACUGAGGAACAUCGCUCUGGCUGUCAUUCUGGCCCGAGCUGGCCUGGGGUUGGAUCCCAGGGCUCUGAGGAAACUGAAAUCUGUGUGUGUACGUGUGGCAUCUGGACCCUGCAUUCUAGAGGCUUGCACCACUGCCCUGAUCUCUCACUUCCUCAUGGACUUGCCCUGGGUGUGGAGCUUCAUCCUUGGCUUCGUGUUGGGUGCCGUGUCCCCAGCCGUGGUGGUGCCCUCCAUGCUGCUGCUGCAGAGGGACGGUUACGGCGUGGAGCAGGGCAUCCCCACCCUGCUGAUGGCUGCAGGCAGCUUUGACGACGUCCUUGCCAUCACAGGGUUCACCACGUGCUUGGGCAUGGCUUUCGCCACAGGCUCCACUUGGUUCAACCUGCUGAGAGGUGUACUGGAGGUGGCUGGGGGGACGGUUGUUGGGCUUCUUCUUGGCUUCCUCAUCCAGUACUUUCCUAGUGUUGACCAGAAACACUUGGUGAUAAAGCGGUCCUUCUUGGUGCUGGGCCUGUCCGUCUUUGCCGUGUUCGGCAGCGGCGUGGCCGGGUUUCCGGGCUCCGGAGGCCUCUGCACCCUGGUGUUGGCUUUCCUGGCUGGCCUCGGCUGGGGGUCAGAAAAGGCACGUGUGGAGGAAGUGGUGGGUUGGGCGUGGGACGUGUUUCAGCCUCUUCUCUUUGGACUAAUUGGAGCAGAAAUUCGAGUUUCAGAGCUGGAGGGACUCACAGUUGGUCUGGGUAUAGCCACACUGCUCAUUGCCCUGCUGGUUAGAAUCCUGUUCACCUUUGUCUGCGUGUUGUGUGCUGGCUUUAACAUGCGGGAAAAAGUGUUCAUAGCCCUAGCGUGGAUGCCCAAGGCCACAGUGCAGGCAGCCAUAGGCUCCACAGCUUUGGACAUGGCCAGGACAAAGGGCGACGUGCAGCUACAGAAGUACAGCAUGGAUGUUCUGACUGUGGCGGUGCUGGCCAUCCUCAUCACAGCCCCCAUAGGAGCUCUCAUCAUCGGGCUCUUGGGGCCACUCUUGUUACAGAAACCUAAGAACUCGGCCUGUGGCAGUAAACCAGAGGAUGACAAUGAAACUCCUGUCACCUAUGAGAGCACACUCUAACACCACCCAUCUUCAUCCAGUAAACAAGGACAUUUUAAAGAGACUUCCAAGGUGCUUUCCCACUCGGGAAGCUUCCUUUCAGCCACCGAGUGGCCCCUUUUGUCUCUCUAUCUGACUGUUAGCCAUGCUGCAGGAACACGUGAAUCGCUCUGUAUUUAUAGCCUCUGGUGCUUUCCAGGUCCCGGGCGCCAAACAAAUGUGUCACUUUCACUGAUGCAGCUCACAUGUGAAAGACUUUGCUCUUUAACUGUAUUUCGACUUGAAGAGGUGGUAAUGUUUUUUUUUUUCCCAGGCAGUUUCAUUUGGAGGGCUGCAUAAAUGAAUGAUCUGGCGGUAGCAAUAUUUAAUUGUUUUUAAAAGAAAGUUGACACACGUCUGUAGGUGUCCUGCACUUAUUACAUAAUUUGUACAGAUGUAUUUAUGCGUAUGUAUGUGUAUUAGCUGUGUCUUUAUGUAGUUAACAAAUACUCAGAACAAUAGAUCACAGCACUUUCCUUUGGUUUAUACAUGGUGCCGCUAAAAUGACCGUAAUCUGCUACAAUCACUGUUGGCUUUGGCUGAAUGCCCAAUGUUAAUCAUGUCUAUAUCCAAAACUAAAAAUUUGGGAUAUAGACAUUUACAGAAGUAUGCAUUCAAACUUGAAUGUAUAUAUUUUGCCUCAUUGUGUAUUACUGGCAACGGUUUAUGAUAAAGAAACAGAAUUGAGCAUUAGUUUUUUACCAAAUGUUCUUCAAACAAUAAAAGAUUGAGGAUGA